AUGAGUGCAGGCACCCUCGACCCCGACGACUAUACCGUGGCCUGGAUCGCACCUCUCGAGAUCGAGGCCCGAGCGGCUCUGCAUUUGCUCGAUAAACGGCACCACGGCCGAUUCCCGGUCAGCCGGGGCGAUAACUACGUCUUCCACGGCGGCAGUAUAUGCGGCCAUAAUGUGAUUAUUGCGACGCUACCGGCCGGGCAGGAGUAUGGCACGGGAUCGGCUGCUGCACUGGCUAGCCAGAUGAAAAAGUUCUUCCCAAAUCUCUGGUUCGGGCUGCUUGUCGGCGUAGCAGCGGGGUUACCUGCUUUGAAGCAUAGCCCACCGCGUGAUAUUCGGCUGGGCGAUGUGCUUAUUGCCCUGCCCGAAGACGGACGCCCUGGAAUUAUCGCUUACGACUUAGGCAAAGAGACGGAAGGCGGGAUCCGCCUGCUUCGAGACGGCCACGUGCUUGCGAUGACAGAACCGAUCGUCCGGUCAGCUAUAGGCAGCAUUAAACUCCACGCGCCAAACGACGCCGCAAUAUUCUUGCCUUAUUACGAAACGAUCCGCGAUAAACAGCAUGCGAAUGGCACGUUUAUAGACCCGGGUCAAGACUAUGACACCUUAUACCUAGCGAGGGACGAUGGAACAGAGGAAGUCGUGGAACGUACGCGACGUCUAGACGCCCAGCGAACUCGGGUAUGGUACGGGCCGAUUGGGUCGGGGGAGAAGCUGUCAAAAAAUGCGCGGUGGAGAGAUGAGUUGCGAGACAGAUAUGGCAUUAUCGGCCUCGAGAUGGAGGCGGCUGGGACAAUGAAUCAGAUUCCGGUCGGUGUCAUUAGAGGGGUGUGCGAUUAUGGCGAUAUGCACAAGAACAAGGAAUGGCAGCCGUAUGCGGCAGCAAUGGCGGCGGCAUACGCAAAGACAGUGUUGUGCCAAAUCCCGCCUAAGACACCAGACCGGCUGACGCGCAGUGUGCCUCAUGAUAAAAUGAACCAGACCCGGGUCACUGCUCGCAGCAUCGUCCUUGGCGACUCUGCGGGGACCUAUAUUCCUCGACAUAGCCCGAACGUCACCUUCCAUGAACCGAGUCACCCGCAGCAACACAAAGAACCUUUCUCGACUGUGACGGACGCCGACGCCAUCGAAAGAGCGGGCAUCGCCACGUGGCCGCGCGAUCCCGUUAUGCCACUAGGCAUGCCCGCUGACCUUGUAGCGAGUCUGGAAAAAUGGGUCAUUACUAGAGGGGCCCAAUAUCUACCUGACAUACACGAUUCUCUUUCACCAUUGAUGCCAGUACUGCGACACAUUCUACAUGAUCUUGCAGUGGGUAAUGAGAUGGACUUGUGCGGUGAGCAUUCGCACUGGCUAUGGAACGAGUUUCGCUGCAUUUUGAUGAAGGCUGUCUUAUCAAAACCAGACAAGGCACAGGAAAUAUUGAGACCACAAGAAGAGCAGCGCCCACGAAGGGAAGAGGCUCAGGGUAGACCAAAGAGAAAGCACAGUGACGUGCAAACCGACAACGAAGUUUCGAUAGUCACCAAAAGACGGCGUGCAUAUACCGGACAAAACAUUCGGCGUACGCCUGAUUUGAGAGAUCAAUACAAAUCAAGACGAUACAAAACGUCGGAAGGCAAUCUCCUGGUUCAAACUAGAUACGGCAAACGCGACCUGAGCCUUUUGGUGCAUUUCACCUUGAUACCGACAACAAGCUCUGACCAACGAGAUCGCACUGGCUUCACCAUGAUCUUCCAACGAGCCAUGUGUGGACAAAAUAUUGAGCGCUGCUUGAGGACAUUUCGGACAGUUGAAUGGGAAGACUCUGCGUUCGAAAUGAUCGAGAAUGGUGAUCUCGAUUCAUUGAAAGCUGCUCUUAGCGAUCGGAUAAUCUCCCCGUUCGACCGCUUGGCAGACGACGAGAGUACGUUGAUCAGUUUUGCGUCUAGGCAGAUGCAACUAGGUGUUUGUGAAUUCCUGCUUGACUUUGUUGAAGGCACUGAUCCUUGUGAGGUUGACAGAAUUGGUACUGUCGCCAAAUUACUUCAAAGAGGUUGCCUCGAAGACGAAUCUUGGCAAAAUCGAGAAGCCGAUGAUGGCUGCUUGCAUCUUUCCGGACUUGGGUAUCACGUGGCAUUACCUGCUUGGGAGAUUUCCGAGAUGAUAUCACUGUUCAUCAAGCAUGGAGCAGGCUUAGAAAUCAAGGACCAAUAUGGUAAAACGCCAUUGUUGGACAACAUCAAUAUCACUGGGGAACUCGGCCACAUUGUCAUUCGAAGACUAUUGGACAGCAAAGCUAACGUGGCAGCCGUUGACGACAAUGGCAAUGGUGUAUUCCACCUGGUACUGGAAGGUCACCACGACAAACCAAAAUAUUUGCAGGAAAGGUUGAAGCUUUUACUGCAAUAUACUACAAUAUCCGAACUUUGUCGACCUAAUGAGCAAGGAUACACCCCGUCAGACUUUGCCCUGACCUCGAGUGUUUGGCGUAUCUGGUGUGAAACAGUAGCAGCCCGGAUUCCAUUGCAAGAGCUAUUGCAAAGGGAUUCUUUCCUGAAAAAGGACCAUCAAGAAAAUGAAGCUCGCGAUACGACACCUCACCCACGGCCCAUACGACCGAGACAGCGUGCAACCCGUACCGUUACUAGAGGGGGGGAGAUCAUCGCGAAGAAACCCCUCGCCGGCCCCACCCAUGUCGGUGUAGCGGAUCAUCGAUCUCGUUUGUACAUUGGAAAUUGA